AUACCCUAACAAAAAUCCCAAAGCUUUUCAUUCUGUCUCUGAGAACGGAAGUGAAGAUGAUGAAGCACAAUCGAAGCCAUCUGGUGGCGUCGGCAUCAUGUCUAAGAAAACUCUCCACCGCGACAGCAGAUGGCGUGGAUAUCGUGACGCCAAACCUCGCCGUAAAUAAGAGCGGUCCUCCUUUAUACAAGAGGCUGUCGGCUCUGGGAGCGACGGGGGCGAGCGUCACAAAGACGUUAAAUGAAUACAUUAUGGAGGGCAAUAUCGUCAGAAAAGAUGUACUCGGUCGCUGCGUCAAGGGGCUUCGCAAAUAUCGUCGCUUCCAUCAUGCACUUGAGGUGAUGGAGUGGAUGGAGAAGCGGAAAAUGAACUUCUCCUACCGUGACUAUGCGUUUCUUUUAGAUCUUAUUGCGAAAACAAAAGGGAUUGCUGCAGCUGAGAAAUACUUCAGUGGGCUCUCACCACAUGCAAAAAACCAAUUAACUUAUGGAGCUCUUUUGAACUGUUAUUGUAAGGAACUCAUGACUGAAAAAGCCGUAGCGCUAUUUGAGAAGAUGAGUGAAUUGAAAUUCACCUCCAAUUCUUUACCUUUUAACAAUCUCAUGAGCAUGUAUAUGAAAUUGGGCCAACCUGAGAAGGUGCCUUCUCUAGUGGAACAAAUGAAGCAGAGGAACGUAUCUCCAUGCAUGUAUACUUAUAUUAUUUGGAUGCAGAGCUGCGCAAGUUUGAAUGAUAUUGAUGGAGUAGAGAGAAUUUUGCAAGAAAUGUCAAACGAGGUUGAAGACAAAUGCAGUUGGACAACAUAUAGUAACUUAGCAGCAAUCUAUGUCAAAGCUGGACUUUUUGAGAAAGCGGAGUUAGCUCUAAAGAAGCUAGAGGAAAUGAAACCUCGAGAGCGUGAAGCUUACCAUUUUCUUAUUACUUUGUAUGCUGGCACUUCUAAUCUGGGCGAGGUCAGUCGGAUAUGGAACUCCCUGAAGUCAGCUUUGCCCUCAACUAAUGCAAGCUAUUUUGUCAUGCUUAAUGCUCUUGCUAAACUAGAUGCUAUCGACAUGUUGAAACAAUGCUUUGAGGAGUGGGAGUCUAGUUGCUCCAGCUACGAUACAAGGUUACCACAAGUUGCUAUACGUGCUUACUUAAAGCAUGACAUGUACGAAGAAGCUGUAUCAGUUUUUGAUGACAUUAUUAAGAGGGCUAAACCGCCCUAUUUUAAGGCGCGGGAGGCAUUCAUGAUUUACCACUUGAGGACACGUCGGCUGGACUUGGCUUUGAUCGAAAUGAACACAGCUAUUUCUGAAGCUAAGGAAUUUGAAUGGUGUCCAAGAGAAGAAACAGUGAGUUCUUUUUUGACAGUCUUUGAGGAAGAGAAAGAUGUUGAAGGAGCAGAGGAGUUCUGCAAGGUUUUAAAGAAGCACAAUUGUCUCGAUUCCAGUGCUUACCACUCGCUGAUGAAGACUUACAUAGCUGCUGGCAAAUCGGCGUCCAAUAUGCAAGAGAGGUUAUUGGAGGAUGAUAUUAAAAUAACCCAUGAGCUUGAGACCUUGCUUGCCAAGCUUUGCCCUCAAUGACCAAAUGUUUAAUCUGAUUUUGUAGUUAUGUAAUUUAUAUUUUUAAAUUUCCAUUAAUCGUAGUAGCAGCUGACCAGUGAACCAAGUUGUGUGUGGAUUGAAUGUUUUCAUCAAGAUUCAUCUAUGCAAAUA